AACCAAAAAUAAUUUUAAAAAGGUCCUCCUUCCCCUUUAUUCGCAGUCUGCUUCUGCUUCUGAUCAUCAUCGCUGUCCGAUCCGAUUCCUGUCGAAGGAAUUCGGACAUGGCGGUCGCUGGAGAUAAGCUCCGGAUAUCGAUGGCUCUCGCCAGAUGCCUGAGACGGAGGAUAAUCGGCGAAUCCCGCAGAUGUUUCACUACGACGGAGGGCCACCGUCCCACCAUCGUCCACAAGCGUAGCCUUGACAUCCUCCACGAUCCUUGGUUCAACAAGGGAACUGCCUUCUCAAUGACUGAGAGGGACCGUCUUGACCUGAGGGGGCUCCUUCCUCCGAAUGUCAUGUCCCCUGAGCAGCAAAUCGAGCGCUUCAUGGCGGACCUCAAGAGGCUUGAGGAGCAAGCAAGGGAUGGACCCUCUGACCCUAAUGCUCUGGCUAAGUGGCGUAUCCUUAACCGUUUGCAUGACCGCAAUGAGACCAUGUACUACAAGGUUUUGAUUGCCAACAUCGAGGAAUACGCGCCUAUAGUGUAUACUCCCACGGUCGGUCUCGUCUGCCAAAACUAUAGUGGUCUGUUUAGGAGGCCAAGGGGAAUGUAUUUCAGCGCUGAGGAUCGUGGAGAAAUGAUGUCUAUGGUUUACAACUGGCCAGCUGAACAGGUCGAUAUGAUAGUUGUUACUGAUGGAAGCAGAAUUUUGGGUCUUGGGGAUCUAGGGGUUCACGGAAUUGGGAUCGCUAUAGGCAAGCUUGAUCUAUAUGUUGCUGCAGCCGGAAUAAAUCCCCAGCGGGUACUCCCUGUCAUGAUUGACAUUGGAACUAACAAUGAAAAACUCCUCAAGGAUCCCUUGUACUUGGGGCUGCAACAACAUCGUUUAGAUGGUGAUGACUAUCUUUCAGUGAUUGAUGAAUUCAUGGAGGCUGUGUUUACUCGCUGGCCAAAUGUUAUUGUGCAGUUUGAGGAUUUCCAGAGCAAAUGGGCUUUCAAGUUACUGCAGCGUUAUAGAAGCACCUACAGAAUGUUUAAUGAUGAUGUCCAGGGAACUGCUGGGGUUGCGAUUGCUGGUCUUCUUGGAGCUGUAAGAGCACAGGGAAAACCAAUGAUUGACUUUCCGAAGAUGAAGAUUGUUGUUGCUGGCGCUGGAAGUGCAGGAAUAGGUGUUUUAAAUGCCGCGAGGAAGACGAUGGCUAGGAUGUUGGGGAAUACCGAAACUGCUUUUGAUAGUGCACGAAGUCAGUUUUGGGUUGUUGAUGCACAGGGUCUUAUUACUGAAGGACGAGCCAGUAUUGAUCCGGAGGCACUGCCAUUUGCUAGAAAGGUUAAAGAAAUUGAGCGUCAGGGACUAAAGGAAGGUGCAAGUCUUGUUGAAGUGGUACGGCAAGUGAAGCCUGAUGUGCUUCUCGGGUUAUCUGCAGUUGGAGGAUUAUUCUCAAAGGAGGUUUUGGAAGCAAUGAAAGGUUCAACAUCGACAAGACCUGCUAUUUUUGCAAUGUCCAACCCCACAAAAAAUGCUGAAUGCACUCCACAAGAGGCCUUCUCUGUUUUAGGCGACAAUAUCAUCUUUGCGAGCGGAAGCCCUUUUAAGAACGUAGAUUUCGGGAAUGGACACGUGGGGCAUUGCAACCAAGGGAACAAUAUGUACCUCUUUCCUGGUAUUGGACUUGGCACUCUCCUAUCUGGUUCUCCAAUCGUAUCUGACGGGAUGCUUCAGGCUGCAGCUGAGUGCCUAGCGGGAUACAUGAGUGAAGAGGAGGUGCUGAAAGGGAUAAUAUAUCCUCCGAUAUCGAGGAUAAGGGACAUAACAAAAAGAAUAGCUGCUGCGGUCGUGAAAGAAGCAAUAGAGGAGGACCUUGCCGGCGGCUACAGGGAAAUGGACGCUCGUGAGCUUCUCAGGCUUAACCAUGAGGAGAUCCUCGAGUACGUGGAAAACAACAUGUGGAGUCCCGAGUACCCGACUUUGGUCUACAAAGAUGACUAGGAAUGGGUGGUGCUGCUUUUUUUACUUUUUCACAUUUUUAUUGCCAAGGAUGAAAAUAACUCUAUUCCUCUCACUUUGUAAAAUUUGGUCCCAACCUCCACCUCUCCUUCUGCAUUUCCUCAUAAAUAUCAUAUAGUUCACGUAAACAAAUUUAUUUGAUAGAAGUUUCUCUAUAUGCUA